GUGCUGUCAAUUUGACAGCUGCGUCGGCGAUUGUGAUUUGCAAUUUUUGUAGUUUGGAAUUAUAUUUUACAACAAAAUCUGAAUUUACUCAGAAUAUAACGCAUAUACGAACGUAGUUGCAAUGUCCAACCCACAGGCAACAGUCACUGCCUACCUGGCGGCCCAAAAGAAGACCACAAACAAAGAUCUCGCCGCCGAGUGGACGCUCAUCGAGGAGCUCUACAACGAAAAAUUGUGGAAUGAGCUGACCAUCAAACUGAUCACCUUUGUGCGCCACGAAACCCUCCAAGAUGAGACGGCGUUGCUGCAGCUCUACCAGAACUUCCUGUCCACCUUCGAAACAAAAAUCAAUCCCUACGGCCUGAUCCAGAUCCUGGAGGUGGUGGUAGACAACAUUAGCGAUAAGAAGGAGGCCAUCGAUUUUCUUGAGAAGAUGAAGGACAAGGUUAAGAUCUGCGAUGAGGCCGUUUGGUAUCUGCAGGUGAUGCAGGGCAACCUUUACCUUAGCAACCUCAACGACCUGAAUGCCACCAAGAAAAUCAUCGAGGAACUGCGCGACGUUCUCGAGGAAGCGGGCAACGUGACCCCCGUUCAUGGAAAGUACUACAUGCUGGCAUCCCAGUACUACCGCCGUGUGGGCAAGCACAGCGACUACUACCGGUGCGGUCUACAGUUCCUCGGCUGCUCGCUGGAGGACUAUCCGCGGGAUCAGUGGCCGCAGCAGGCCUUCUUCCUUGGCUUGGCUGCCCUGCUGGGUGAUGGCGUUUACAACAUUGGGGAACUGCUGGCGCAUCCCAUCCUGGAGUCUCUAAAGGGCUCAGACAAUGAGUGGCUGGUGGAGCUUCUGAAGGCCUUCAAUUCGGGCGACAUUAACAAAUUCAACGAUAUGAAGAAAAUCUGGUCCAAGAUCCCCGAUCUGGCUGCUCAGGAAGUCAAGCUGCGCCAAAAGAUCUCCCUGCUCUGCCUCAUGGAGAUGACCUUUAAGCGAUCAGCCAUCGAGCGGGCCAUUUCCUUCGCGGACAUUGCCCAGGAAACCAAACUGCCCGCCAAGGAGGUCGAACUGCUGAUCAUGAAGGCCCUGGCUUUGGAUCUGGUGCGCGGUGAGAUCGAUCAAGUAGCUGGAGUAGUUAACAUGUCGUGGGUGCAACCCCGCGUCCUCAACCGCAACCAGAUUGCCGGCAUGGCCAGCACUCUGGACACCUGGAUGGGCGCCAUAACGAACAUGGAGAAACUGAUGGAGAAUCGCGCCGCCGAAAUUCUCACCAAUUAGUAGUCGUAGGUUCUCAGUAAGAGUUUCGCCCGAUCUUGAUGGUCCCCUUAUAAUUUCCAUUUGUCGCGAAUGCUUUUGUAUUUAAUUAAAAUCUAAAACACAAUAUUA